UCUCGCGGUAAGCGACUGCAAAAACGGUUCGGUUGUACGUUCCUUAGUCAGUCACGGUUGAGCGUUGGUCGAAUGUGGAACACGUUUCGUUUUCACUAGCAAGAAUACUUAUCAGACCAGAAGCGUAAUAAGCUUUUAUAAACGAUUUGCAAAGUACGUGCCUAAACCACAUAGAGUACUGAGAUUGUCAAGUUCAAGGUCGCAUAAAAGAGAAGAAUUUGCACGAGUGCUUGUUACGAAAUGGCGCAGCAAGUGCAACAAGUUUUCAAGGUUGCUCUGGCAAAAGCGGCUGGCCAAAGGGCGAUGUCUACCGGUGUCAUCGGCGCGUUGGACGGCUCCGCUGGACAGGUUGUAAAAACGACUGUGGGCCAAUCCUCCGGGCUGCACAUGUCCGCUCAACGCUCUUAUCCACUGGCAGCACCACUCCCUUUGCCGCCAAACAUUAGUGCAUCGGAAACGAACCGUUUCUCGCCGCUGCGUUCGCGUGAUAUUAACGCUUCCGCUAUGUUGGCGCACCAAUCGCUGGCACCGAAUCCAGUUGAAGUGGCCGCUGUUGAUGGGUCUUGUAUAGAUGUCACAGUGGACAUGAGUGCCAGGGAAACCGAUCCGCAUGUCGAAUCGUACGAUUGCAGCGGAGCCGUCAGCCUAAAUUCGGCUAUGCAGAGCAACGUGCCCAGUCCCUUCGGUGGAAUGCACAAGUUUACGCAUCUGAACAUGCCAGGCGGUGCGUGGGCACAAGAGAGCAAAUUUCUGUCGCACGAGCUUAAUUCAUCGCAUUAUACCAAUCUACGCCAGGAGGUACGCUCGGAUUGGUGCAACUAUGAGGACCGACCGAUCAAACCCGAAGGUACGAUGGUAGUAGGUUUGUCACGCUCAGUAUUCCGCACGCAUGGCAGUACUGAUCGGCGAGCUUUUUCAACAAGUUCGUCACAUUUAUUGGCAUUUUCCUCUUUCCUUUAUAACAAAUCCUCGCAAGCUACUAACCCUAGCAACGCCGCUGCUAGCGAUCAAAAUUUAAAAGAUUCAACCAAAACCGUGACUAACAAGGAACGGCUACCCGAUGCGGUACCCGUUUCGCGCAAAGAUCGGCUAAAAAAGGCAAUCAAGGAGUAUGGUUCCACCGUGCUUGUAUUCCAUGUCAGCAUUAGUCUCGUUUCCUUAGGAACCUGUUAUCUGCUCGUGUCUAGCGGAAUAGACAUGUUGGCCUUGUUGGAUCGCAUGGGUUGGGGUGAUUCUGCUUUGGCCAGCAAAGUUGGUGCCGGUGCCGGCACAUUCGUAGUUGCCUACGCCAUUCAUAAGGUUUUUGCACCAGUUAGAAUUAGCAUUACUCUCGGCGCGACACCGUUGAUCGUACGAUAUUUGCGCCGAAAGGGCAUACUGAAACCACCGGUAACGUCAAGUUCCUCUGGGGGAUCAACAUCGCCAAGAAUGAAGUGAGGAAACGUUAUUACACAUCUGAUGGUAAAGAAGAAAGUGUAUAUUUUGUUUUGAGUGUUGAUCAGCAAUAAAUAUUGAACUAGCACUAUA